UCUGACCUCAUACUGCGCUUUCUGAUGUGGCCAAUAGACGUUUUCAAGUUACAGUCUCGUGGAGGUGGCAAGGCCAGUCAUCCCUUAACCUCAAUGAGUCAAUGUUUGCUGCAGCCAUGAGUCUGUUCCCGAGCAUCUGGUUAUUUUUGACAGGUCCUUUGACUCACUGACCAUUCUUGGCAUUCGUUUGCGUUCUGAACCAUGAUUCUGUUUCUCCCGGUGUAGUGUGGAAGCCCCAAUUUAAUAAUUUCCGACCUCAGUAAGUGCAAGAUUACAUUCCAAUGUACUGGAUUCAGGAACUCCUUCCCCGCCCUCUUUGCUUGAGCAUAUAUGCGGUCGACGCGGAGGGCACCUCACUCGCUCUACAGGUAGCAAGACCUUUUGUUCUUUUAAGGAUACUGAUAAGUCUUCAUCCUUCGGCUCCUGAAGGGUGGGGACAAAAAUUAGAUGUCACUUUAAGAGAGUUCGCUCUUCUUAAAGCGCUGAAACAGAAGCGGCACCAAAGUAUCGCGAAAACUGUAGCCGGCUGCGACUUCUCGCGAUGUUUGGCCCGGCGAAAGGUGGCCAUUUUGGAGUCCCCUCGGCGGCGGGUGGCCCCGGCGGCGUCUGCCAUCCUGCUGCCGGGACCAAGGCUGGCCCCGCGGGCGCCUGGCAAAUGGGUGGCCGGACCGACACGAUGUGGCGGCUCCGCUGCAAAGCCAAGGAUGGCACCUAUGUUUUGCAGGAGUUGUCCAGCCGGACCCGGGUGCGGGAACUCCAGGGCCAAAUUGCUGCCAUCACGGGGAUCGCCCCCGGCUGUCAGCGCAUCCUCGUCGGAUACCCGCCCGAGUGCCUGGAUCUCAGCGAUGGCGACACCAUGCUGGGGGAUUUGCCCAUCCAGUCGGGCGACAUGCUGAUCGUUGAAGAAGACCAAACCAGGCCCCGCACUUCACCUGCGUUUACCAGACAUGGUGCUCCUAGUAAUGCCAGGGAAACUUUGCCUGUGCUUACCAGAACCUCCGUCCCAGCGGACAACUCUUGCCUCUUUACCAGUGUGUACUAUGUUGUUGAAGGAGGAGUCUUGAAUCCAGCUUGCGCCCCUGAGAUGAGACGCCUCAUAGCACGAAUUGUAGCAAGUGAUCCAGAUUUCUAUAGCGAAGCAAUACUGGGGAAAACAAAUCAGGAGUACUGUGAAUGGAUCAAAAGGGAUGACACUUGGGGAGGAGCUAUUGAAAUAUCAAUUUUGUCCAAAUUUUAUCAAUGUGAGAUAUGUGUAGUGGAUACACAGACAGUAAGAAUUGAUCGUUUUGGGGAAGAUGCAGGGUAUACCAAAAGGGUCCUGCUUAUUUAUGAUGGCGUCCACUAUGAUCCGCUUCAGCGUGACUUUCCUGACCCAGACACCCCUCCUCUGACCAUUUUCUCCUCUAACGAUGAUAUUGUUCUUGUGCAAGCACUAGAAUUAGCAGACGAAGCCAGAAGAAAGAGACAGUUUACUGAUGUAAACCACUUCACCCUGAGAUGCAUGAUAUGUCAGAAGGGAUUAACUGGACAAGCAGAAGCAAGAGAACAUGCCAAGGAGACAGGCCAUACCAACUUUGGAGAAGUGUGAUCUCUGCAUGAUGAGGAUUGAAGCCUACUACCUCACAGAUCCAGAAGGUUCUGGGUUUUCCAAUAAGCUAUUCAUAACCUUAAAGAACCAAGGACACAACGCUUGAACCAUCCUUUUAACUUAAAACCACUAAGGCACUGAAAUACCUUGUUAAGAUUAAAAUUAGUGUGCAAGUUUACAGGUGUGUGUCUACAGCAGUGAUACGUGCCCUCUCUCUGCUGGUGUGACAAAAUAGGUGGUCCUUGCUACCUGCUGACGCUAACCUGAAGAUUGAGUUCUCGUGUUACAAACUAGAACCCAGCAGCAUUAACUUGUAGAAGAAAACAGCUUCAUAUUUUGGGUAAAGCCGAAGGCCUCAUGUGAGGCCACUGGACAUAAACCAGUGUCUCUAGUAAUCGAGUCCUUUUUGAGUUAAUAGUCUCUAAAUUAUGAAUUGAUUCCUCAAAUGAAGAUACACAGAACUGUCAAAACUGAUUUUAUAUUGCAAUUUGGUAGCCUUUAUAAAUGUGUACUUAACCAGUUACAAGUACAUUACAAUUUUUACAGGGAUAAGUCUAUUCCCUGAGAAUGUUACCUAAAAACAGGAACUGAUAGUGCCCAAUUUAGGAUUUCUAGUGUAUAAAAGUAGAAUGUAUGAGAGAAAAGGUGCCUGAGCAGCUUACUGAAGCUUUAAAAGACCGUUGGCCUUGUGUUUUAAUGCAACUCAUUUACUAAUCUUUGCCAUGUUAGAUAAAAUUUAAAAUUAAGCAGGGUAUGUUUUUUUAAAUGAAGUUCCAUGAAAUUUGAAUGCUUGAAUUUUGCUUUUUUACAUAAAGAUUUGGAGGGAUUUAAUUUCCUAAGCUGUUAAGAGCACUUCCUCCAACUCCUAAAAAAAAUCUUCAUCAAAAGGAACAUUUUGAUGUCCAAAGGUAAAUAUCCAAACUUGACAUUUACUAACUGGAAUUUUAGAGAAAAGUGAUAAUGAUAUGCUUUGGUUUGGGUUUUGUGAGAUCUUUUGCUUAUCUAAACAGUAUUUGUUUUUAUCUUAGCUUUGUCCUACCACUAAUGCUCUUAAUAAUUUCAUCUUUCUGAAAAUUAUCAUUUUGCUUAUCCACAGUCUUUUACUUGCUUUUGAAGAGUUUUAAAGUAAUUGGGAUAAUAUUGAAUGAGUUAGUUUCACUUCCAAAAUAUGACAGUUUUUAAAUUCUUGCCUUACCUAAAUAAGCUUCUUCCUAAUUUUAGAUGUGUAGCCAUUUGCUUGGUUGAGCUAAUCCUUAAAGCAAACCCUCUAAAACUUAGCUUCACUAUGAGAUCUUCCAGAUAAGAGUUUUCUACCUCUUUUUGUAAACCUUUUGACGAUCAGGGCUGCUAAAUUAUCAUUUAUUAUGUAUUAUCUCAUAUGAUGUGAAGAGGCUUAAUGUUGUGAAGUUUUGUUAUAUUGGUCUCAUUUUUUAUUAAGUAUCUCACUUAGAAAACCAGUGGUAUACUUUAAAACACUUAAAUCUCUUUCACCAUAUUUGUUGACAAAUGUUAUAAAAUUGAGAUUAACUUUUAGCACUUUCACUUGAUGGAGGUGGCCAUAUUAAAUUAGGGUACAUGUAAACAAUUUAGGGGGAAAGUACCUUUAAUAAACAAUUCACAAAAUGUGCUUGAAGUUAUUAGUUGACAUUUUGAGUACCUUUUGUGUGAAUAGCUGCUUUAGGCAAAAGUUACUAUGGUCAGUAUAACUUAAAAGUGUUUAAUUUUCUAUUUUACUGAGGCUUAAAAAUUAGCACUUGUUGAGUGUGCGAUACUUGAUGUUUGGCAAUCAUAAUGUGUACAAAUGAAUAUAAUUGAAAAUCUCUUGGUACCUGCCUGUCCUCUGGUCUAAAAGGUUUUUGUAUCUCUUACUUCCCCGAGAAAAUACUAAAUUUAAAACUAAGUGAAGAGUGUACCACUGGGUAACAUCCAUCAAGUUAUUUGCCUUCCUUUCUUAGGUACUUCAGGAGCCAAAGUUGACAUUUACUAACUGGAAUUUUAGAGAAUUAUAUUCAUGCAACAAAUAUUUAUUGAGUAACUUACAAUGGACCAGGCAUCUAUUAAUGUGUUUCUCAACAUAAAUUUCUGUCACUUGAAAAUUUAGUAUACUCUAUCAACAUUGGAUUACUUUAACAAAUGGAAAGAAAAAGAACCUGAUAUUUGAUAAAAAUAAACCCUUCCAUUUUAAAUAUUUUUUUGUAUAUUUAAGCUUAUACUUUCAUAACAAGUGUCAAGUGUUUAUUCAAGGGAUCUUAUUCUAGUUUACCUGUUAUCUAGGUUGUCCGUUAACCAAUUGAAAACUGAAACUCAGUCAGAUUGCUCUCAGUAAUGGCUUUUUAAAUUAACCAACUGCUGAAAUUCAGCACUAGGACUUUAAUGUUCUGAUCAUGGAAAAUUCAGAAUUGCAGAUCAUUUGAUUUAAUUAUUGAGGAUGAAAACCCUAAGCUUGUACUCAUUCUAAACUCAAAUUUAUGAGCCUCACAGAAUUUAAAGAGAUUUUUACUCUUGAAAUUUGUUGAUCAAUGUGUGAAUUCUAUUCUUGAGAAUUUUGAAAAUCUAUGGAUUUAGUACUUGGAGUAGGAUUAAAAGAAACUUUUUCUUAAAUUUGUGCUUGAGCAGAAUGAAGCCAUUCUUCCUAAUCAUUGUUUUUGACUGCCAUACAAAAAUAUUUUUUAAAUUAAAAUGAAAAUGGUUUACAUUAGUGGCAGAAUGAAGAUUGUGCGUUCCCAUCCCCCACUCCUUUCCAUUACUCUUCUUCCCCUUACUCUUUGGAUUUAAAAAUUAGGUGUAGGGCUAUGAAGAUGCACUUCUAGAUAGAGUGUUUUCAGAAGUUAAAAUUACAUCCUUGGGAAUUUUGUGAUGUGAUAGUCAUAUGAAGACACCGGUGUGGUACAUCUUCUGUUAGUGGUCCAUGGUUGAUUUUUUAAUUGUGCCCCAUGUAUGAAAAAUGCCCUUGAAAGUUUGACUGUUAGUCAGCUUGACCCUGUUGGCAGAAACUAAUAUAGUCACACCACUUGAUUAUUACAUGAAGUUCAGGUUCCCACAAAAUCAUAAUCCGGAAUGAAUGAUCUAUCUAUACAUGCCCCUAAGUGCCCAUGCCUAACUUGCUUAUCAAGCUUAUUCUUUCUAUCCUAUAUAGGCUUUAAAACAUGGAUGUUGCAGGCUGCGCUAGAUAAACAUAGUUUUCUAUGUCUUUUUUGGAAAAAUAAAAAUUAGAAUGGGGAGUAUGCAAGAUUAGCAGCAGAGUGAUUUUUUUAUGAAUCAGGUGGCCUUCCUAAAGUUCCAUAUAUUAAGAUUUAUGUUCUUUCAUGUGUUAAAAUAGGCAUUUGUUAUUAUUUGCAGCACUUUAAAAAAUAUGAAAUGAAAGUUUACAUGUUAGCCCUCUCCAGGGAUCUUAUUAAAGACAUUAAAAUAUAAUUCUUGAGCUGCUUACAAUCAGCUAUUCAUAAUCAACAAUUACCAUCAGUGUAUAGUGACAUUCUGGUGUUUUGAUAACAGUAGCACACAAUUUCAGUAACUAUUAGGAGCAUGCUCUGUGCCCCAGCAUUUAAAAUAUUAUUUCUAUAAUGUGCUUGUUCUUUAUCAUUCAUUGUACAGUUCAGUAUUCAGAUUUGUCCUAGUAGCACAAAGACGACUGUAACAACUUUGAAAAGAUUAGAUUCUUAAAAUUCAUCCUUUGUUUCUAAGCAAACUUAUUUUUAGGGAGCUGAUUUUUGAGUCAGAGGCCUUAAGAAUAUCAUACGUAAUGAGCAACAUUUUUAACACUUCGGUGAAACACUUGAUUUGAAUAAGCUAGUUUAUUAACUAAAUAUGUUUUCUUACUAAAAGUUGUAAUACUUCAGCACAUUUCAUCUAACUUAGAAUAAAAGCUUCCCUGAUUGUGGGAAAGGGUUUUAUAUUUCUUUUGCAAAAAUUAGCUGGUAUUUUGUUUACAGUGCUUGGAAUAUUUGACUUUCAAGAAAUGAUUACAUUGAUAUUGAAUUGUGGGGUGCUAAUUUAGGUCUUGGUUCAUAUGACUGAAGGAGAUUGACAGCCCUCCCAUGCUGUUUUAGAGUGUAGGGAGAAAGGGGCGGGAGGGUAAAGUACCAUGUAAACAGAAGAGAUCCUCAAAUGGAGCAUUCCUAGCCAUGAAAAGUUUUCAGGCAAUGCCUUGUUGUGACCUUAAACCUGCUCCCUCAUUUUUUGGCAUAGAAUAUAGCAGGGUCAUAAUUGAAAAGCUAGUCAUUAAAGUAUAAAAUCACGAAUAUAAGCAUUUUGGUAUGAUGCCUUUUUAUAUUUGUUUUUAAAAAUACAAACAUACAUUUAGGAGCUUAGGGAUAGUGAAGGUAUGAUUUGGUUAAGUUGUAGGUUAAAAAAUGUUAACCUAAGAAAACUUUAGAAUUUCUACUAAGAUAACGUAAGCCUGACUUUAUAACUGAUAUAGGAUAUGUAGUUAUUUGUAGCCCAUAAGUUACUUAAAAGGACCAGGGCACCCAGUUCUCGUCAGUUUUCCAGUUCACCUUGGUGCCAUUCAGGACUCAAGUUGUUUACAGGAAAUAUAAUUUCCUUAACAAAAAGUAAUGCUUCCUUUAAAAUAGUAUUGAAUUGAGCUUAAGAUAUGAAUAAAUAUGUAUAACUUGCCAAGCAGUAUUGUUUUCUGUAUUAAUGCGGUAGAAGAGGAACACUUGGAGCUAGAAGAAAACCACAAGACGGUCAGACCUAGAGCUUUAGACCAUGGCUUGAAAAAGUAGUAAGGAAUAGCAAAGCAGAGCAAAGGUCUGGUUUUCUUGUCAUAAGAAAAUAUUUUAAUGAAAAUGAACAGGGUUUUCUUGUUUUAAAAGUGUUCUUUGGUCUAUUUGCCAACAUUUUUUCAGAGUUAAUGCACUGCUGCUACCUGGGAGAUGUCCAGCUUUAUUUUGUACAACUCUUAUGUGAUAUUGCCAUUGUCAUUAAGAUGCAUUGAUUUUAUUUAUGAUGUGUGUGAUUUUAAAUAUCCAAAUGCUGUAUGAAAUGACUUGUUUUAAAGGAAUAAAUGAAGUGAAAAUAUUGU